CGAUCGGGAAGCGCGAGACACAAACCACGGCUAACCAUUUCAUUUCUUUUCUUUCCGUACAUUCGCAGGAAUUUCUGCGAUCAAUCAGUUAAAUAAUUCAUAAUAAUUCCAAAAGAUAUAAUUUCAGAUAAAAAAUUGUUUCAAUUCAAAUCUGUCGUUCUUUACUUAUUUUGGCAACUUGCCAGCAUCAAUUCAGAUCUGCAGUCCCAAUUCCUCCACUGCUUCACCUCAAUUUUCUCCAAAGUUGCUGGGUGAAGCAGUAUAGUCCCCUACUGGAGAAAUUCAAACGCUAGAAUGUCAACUGAGGGGGGUGAUAACAUCAGUGCUGCAGAGAAUCACAUUCACAUAGAAGAUGAUAUGGCAGUUGGGAAUCAACACAGUGUUAUAGAUAGUGAAAAUGGUUCAGGUCUUGCUGAAGAGAAUUUGUUGCAUAGUAGUGACCAAUCUACAAGUGAUAGCCAUGAUGAUCUUCUACAAAUGGUUAUGGAACUUAAUUUCCAGAAUGAAUACUUGAAGUCUCAUAUUUUGGGCUUGAAACAUGCCAAUGAUAUAAAUAAUGUGAAGGAGCAUGACUAUGGAUCACAUGGUAAUGUCAGAGAGUUUCAUGAAAAGGUGGAAUCUUUGGAAAAACAACUUUUAGAGGAAAGACAAACCCGAUAUGCUGCAGAGGAAGCUGUCAAGCAUCUCCAAACUGUGUACUUAGAAGCAGAUACAAAGGCCCAAGAGCUUUCAAAUAAACUUGCUGAUGCCCAACAGAAGAUGGAUCAAGAAAUAAAAGAUCGUGAUGAGAAGUAUUCUGAGCUUGACUCUAAGUUCACUAGGCUUCACAAGCGGGCAAAGCAGCGUAUUCAAGAGGUUCAGAAGGAGAAAGAAGAUAUUGAGGCCCAGUUUCGUGAUGUCAAUGAGAAAGCUGAGCAAGCUUCUUCACAAUUGUCAGCAUUGCAGCAAGAACUUGAGCGGACUCGACAGCAAGCUCAGGAAGCGCUUAAAGCAAUGGAUAUGGAGAGACAGCAAUUACGAAGUGCAAACAACAAGCUUCGAGAUAAUAUUGAAGAACUGCGUCGCUCUUUUGCACCUAAAGAAAGUGCUCUGGAGGAUUUACAACAGUCAAUUGUGGAAAAAGAACAGAUGUUGGAAGAGAUGCGGGGAUUACUAAAGGCAGCAGAUGAGAAGAGGCAAUCUUCAUUGACUGAACUCUCUUUGAAGCACCAGAAGGAAAUUGAGAGCUUGGAAGCCCAAAUAGGUGAUGCAUUAGCUGAAAGGAGCAAAGCAACUGAAACAAUCUCUAGUCUGCGGGCUGCAAUAGCUGAGAAAGAAUCUAAGAUUGCAGAGAUGGAUGCGGCUUCAAGUGGUGAAGCGGCACGUCUUAGAGCUGCCAUGGAAACCAUAAAAGGAGAGCUUCUUCAUCUGAAAAGUGAACAUGAGAAAGAAAAAGAGAGCUGGGAAGUUGUCGCACAAUCACUCCGAACAAAGCUGGAGAUGGCUGAGAGUAACUGCAUACGUUCUGAAAUAGAAGCAGCAAAAAUGAGAAGUCAACUAGAAUCAGAAUUAUCUGCUCAUAUUCAGCUGCUGAAUUCAAAAGAAGCUGAAUUGGUAAUAGCUCAAGAGGAGAUUAAUCGCCUUGAAAGUGAAUUCAGUUCUUACAAGGUAAGGGCUCAUGCUCUUCUUCAGAGAAAAGAUGCUGAACUGGCUGCUGCUAGAGACAAUGAACAGGUUAAAGCGCUGGAGGAGUCGUUGAAGGAAGCUGAGAAAGAAGUGCUCUUGGUAUCUGCUGAAAGGGACAAAGCCCUUCAAGAUCUGAAGGAUUCUUUGGCUUAUCAUGAGAGGGAACUUUCUGAAAGGGAUACAGCUCUUAUUGAAGCAGAGCAACAAAUUAGGAGCACGGAAAUGAAACUCAAUUCAGCUCUUUCAGUCCAUCAAAGGGAAAAGGAAUCCUGGGAGAUAAACCUUCAAAAUGUGGAAGAAACAUGGCGAUUGAGAUGUGAUGCACUAAAGGUACAGAACGAGGUGUCUUUUAGUAAAGAAAUGCAUAAAGAAUAUGAGGACCUGAAAACACGCCAUAAGAAAUUGAAGGAGGAGCAUGAUACAUUUCGUGAUCUGGCUGAUAAAAUGAUUGAGGAGAAGGAUACUGAGAUCUCUAGACUUCUAGAUGAUAAUAAGCAUCUCCGGCAAUCACUUAACUCAAAGCCUGUGGUAUCACAGGCUGAUCAGGAUAGCAGUUAUGAUACUGCCUAUGAGAAGCGAGAAGCUGCUAAUACAAAUACCUCGGCUGCAGAACAGCAAAUUCUAAUUUUGGCAAGACAACAAGCUCAGAGAGAGGAAGAACUUGCUCAGUCACAGCGUCACAUUCUUGCACUUCAGGAAGAAAUUGAGGAGCUUGAACGGGAAAAUCGUCUCCACAGCCAGCAGGUAUCCAAGAUAAAAGAAGAGCUUCGGGACAUGGAUAGAACUCAAAAGAGAGAGGGCGUGGAUUUGACUUAUCUUAAAAAUGUCACCUUAAAACUUCUAGAGACAGGUGAAGUGGAGGCUCUGCUACCUGUGAUUGCAAUGCUCUUGCAGUUCAGCCCUGAGGAGACAGCCAAAUGUCAACAAGCCUAUCGCCCUACACCCAAUGCCCCACCCAGCCCAGCAAGUGAUGCUUCUGGAACAGGAUUAUCUCUAUUCUCAAGAUUCUCGUUUUCAUGAGAGCUAAAAUGAGUCACGAAGUGAUGCUGUCAUUUUGUCCAGAAUGUUGUGGGUAAAUUUGCCCAUUUACAGAUAAAUGAUGUAGCUAAAGUUAUUUGUGUAUUAUUCUUUCUAUAACAAAAUACAAAUUGGCCUUCCAUUCAUGAAAAUUAGUUUUGCUAAAGUGUAGAGAACCAAAUACAAAAGAAAGAGUUGCACGAGGUACAGAACAGUAGAAGCAGUUCAGGGCAACUUUACACAGAGUAUUUGUCAUUCGGAGUAUAUAAUCCGGCAUAGGAACCUCUGGUUUACUUUUUCUUCAAUUUUGUCCUUGUUCAAAUUCGUGCAAUAUUAUUCACACGUGUAUCAAAAUUUGGAUAUCUAUC